AUGUCUCGACUUGGCCCGAACUUCGAUCAAUUUGUCAACAACCCGGCCCCGCUUCAUGAGGCUUUCUUCCAAGAUCCCGAUGAUGUUCUCUGGAUGUUCUCGAAGAGAUAUAACCAUCUGCCAAGCUUCCUCAGCGGCCACCAUGUGCACUUUGCCGGCGGCUAUUCGGUUAGCUUUGAGAUGCGCGACCGUUUUUGGAAUCAGCCUCGAGAGUACCCCUACAUCAGCCGGGACGAGAAUUGCGAAGAGAUCUUCAUUCGGGGCAACGAUCAAAUCUACUUGCUGCUGUUCGCCGCUUAUGGCGGGUUUCUACCAAAAGCCCUCUUCCGAUUUAUCCCGGCCAUGCAGAUUUGGGAGCAUCGAGUUUUGAAUCUGGACCCCGAGUGCUACACGCGCAAUGGCCCCGUCGAGCGGAUCACCGUUCGUGCCGUCGAUGUGAAGGUGGACAGCAAAGACGCGUACUUGCUAGUGAAGAUUGCCGGCGAGUGCUCGUGCCACCACCUGAACUUGGUCGACGGGAGAAUGGAGAAGAUGUUCAACAUCAAGCCGGAGAUUAUGACAAUACCGAACGCAACACCUAUCCGAGGCGCUGUACUCGACGGCAAGCUGCAUUUCUUCUACGGGGUCAAUGAUAUUCCGAUCGACUGGGUGCCAGACAGACUCGUCACGUUGGAUUUGGCCACCGGCGAGGGCUGCGAAAUUCCUUUACCCGGCGGGACCCCACCGUUCAUCAACGAGGGCGCUAAAUACACGUAUUUGCGGAAGGACGGCGUGUGGGUCCACGUUCAAGGUCACAUUGGGCCUGCCGAACCCACAUCGUGCGCGCUCAUCUACACGCUCGACCUCAACGCGGAGGAGGUUCGCUGGAGGAAGUCGUAUAUGACGUCGACCACCACCACCUAUGCCUACGAUCACUCCAGGGACAGGCUCAUCUAUGUCGACGAAGUCGGGGUCUGGGAGUGCCUUUCCUACCCGCCAACC